CGCACGCCGCCGCACGCCGCAAGCCGCACGCCGCCGCACGCCGCACGACCGCGCUCCACCGCCGCGAGUGCCGUGAGUGAGUGUGACAUGCGCCAGCGCCGGCGCCAUGAGCGGCAAGCCCUCCACCUCGCCGGACCUGCUCAUGAAUGUUAGUAUCGAAUCUGCGGACCACAAGGACAUGAAGAUUUUAGAACACCCGAGUCUGCGUGGCACGCCACUGGCGAUGCUCGCGGCGCAAUGCAACAAAUUGUCAAGUAAAUCUCCCCCGCCGCUGGCUGAUGCAGCCGUCGGCAAGGGCUUUCAUCCGUGGAAAAAGAGCCCGGGAACCCACUCGCCGCCAGGCGCCGGCUCCGGUCCGCGCUCGCAACCGCCUUCCUGCGCCCCCUAUGCACGGCCACCAACCUCCUGCGCUGCCGCUCCAUCUUACGGCAACGACCUUUACUUUCCCUCGUCCGGAGAUCAGCUACUAGGCAAAAGUGAAUCUAGCGCGAGUCUCGGCUCGAUGUAUUCAAGGCACCCUUACGAGUCGUGGCCCUUCAACGUGGGAGGAGGUGGCGGCGGCGGCGCGCUGAAAGCUGCGGACAUGGGGGGCGUCGGUGCCGUCGGAGGUACGUGGUGGGAUGUGCACGGCGGUUGGCUAGAUGUCGGCGGACAGAUGGCCAACUACGCCGGCCAGGACUACUCGCAACUGACACAUUCCUUAUCGGGCGGCGCUCACCUCCUGCCACCCGCGCCGCACUUGCUACAAGAUGCGUACAAGUCGGUGCUUCCGACGCAGGGUUCGUUCGGACUGCACGCGCCCGGCUCCCCGGCGCCGCCCGCGCAGGCACCAUCGCCUCGCUCGCAGAGACGAUACGCGGGCCGGGCCACCUGUGACUGUCCCAAUUGCCAGGAGGCAGAGAGGCUCGGACCUGCAGGAGCGCACCUGCGCAAGAAGAACAUCCACAGUUGUCACAUCCCCGGGUGCGGGAAGGUGUACGGCAAGACGUCCCACCUGAAAGCUCAUCUACGAUGGCACACCGGCGAGCGGCCGUUCGUGUGCAACUGGCUAUUCUGCGGCAAGAGAUUUACACGCUCGGAUGAACUACAGCGGCAUCUGCGCACGCACACCGGCGAAAAGAGGUUCGCAUGCCCGGUGUGCAACAAGAGGUUUAUGCGAUCGGACCACCUCGCCAAGCACGUGAAGACGCACAACGGCGGUAAGAAGGGCAGCUCUGAGUCGUGCUCGGACUCGGAAGAGAACAGCCAGGGUGAAGGUGGCGGCGGCGGACGCUCACCCGAGCACGUGCUGGACGUGAAGCCGGGUACGCUCGUGUGACGGGGGCGUGCGGCACUGACCGCUCUUCCACCGCCGCUCCUGUUAGCCGCUCCGCGGCCCGCGCCCUGUCUCAGCCCUGUACAUAUCGAACCUCUGUAUAGAAUGUAAUUAUAAUUAAAGACUUAGCGCUGACUGGUGUUGCGUCGUGUAUAUUAUGUUCGUGUGAAACUUCAAGUGUACAGUAUAGAUACUAUGAAAUAUUGUCUAUUAUAAUUAGGAAUUGUACGGUAACUUAAUUUAAGUAGAAUCACUCUUAUAGUCGAAACUUACAUGUAAUUUAUUUAAAUAUUGUUAAUAGUUCCACUGGUCCUCAAUAAUUGAAUAUCUGUUAAAUUAUCUGUACGUGUUUGUUACAUUAUUUACUUAAUUGUAGAGUUUAUGCAAGAACAUAAGAAUUUAACUAAGUAUGUAUGUAGGUACACACAGCUACAGACUAAAAUUGUAUAUAGGCAAAUUGUCACAAAUAAAAGCUGUUGCUAAAAUCUUACUACUGGUGAAUUUUUAACAUUAUUUCUAAAUAUUUAUAGAACCAGUAAAUAUUACUUUUUCAAGUCUAUAAAUAAAUUGGCAUUUAGUAAAAAUACAUUCAUGGUAUAUACUCUUACGUACUUUCAUUAUUAAACGAUUUUAUUUUACUGUAAUAUAUAAGUUUUCAUGUACACAUUAUAAAUAAAUAAACUAACAAUAAUUCGUGUGAACAUAAAAGGAGGAAUAAAUAGGAAAAUGGUGAAGUGUGAAAUAAAAUAAAAAAUCAACGAUACACAUUGGUUCUAGAUAUCCUUUACCCCACUAGUAAAGACAUCAACUUUCCUUCCGCCAAUAGCAUAAUUACUGUGAUAUUUUGUCUAUAUGUAAUGAGCCUGAAUUUAACGCUAUUAUUUGUAACUAGUGUGAAGAAUGUAGAAUCAAUUAUUUGUUUUGUUUAAAUCUAGCAAAUAGUAAGUGUUUGCGGUAAAAUAUAUUUAAAGUAACGUGGAAAAGAGUUUUUAGUUUGAUUGUCUUUUUGAUAAAUUGGUCCUAAAUUAUGUGAUUUUGGUUUGUAAAAUUAAUUAAAUAUGUCGAUAUAUUCAUGGGAAGAAUGUAUUUGUGUAACUAUUAUGUAUAAUAUGAUGAUACGAUAUUGUACAAACUUACGCUAAUA